CCAAACCCACGCUUUUUCUCCGCUUCUCUGUCUCUCUCCGCCUUGCCGACCGGUAUCUUAUAGAUCUUGACAGAACGGAAAGGAAUUGGAGAAUGAUUGCAAUUACGAGACGUUCUUGCAUUUCUGUCAGCCAUUUUUAGAUGGGCGUCAAUAUAUGUAAUUUUCAACGAAGAAGGAUCAAGGAGGGCAUUAAAGGAUGGCGUUCUAUUCGGAAGAAGACGAGCAGAGCCAUGGGUAUCUUUUUAAGAUAGUUCUAAUUGGUGAUUCUGCUGUUGGCAAGUCAAAUUUGCUUGCAAGAUUUGCUCGGGAUGAGUUCUACACAAACUCCAAGUCUACAAUAGGCGUUGAGUUCCAAACUCAGAAGAUGCAAAUUGAUGGGAAGCAGGUGAAAGCUCAGAUUUGGGAUACGGCUGGUCAGGAACGUUUCAAAGCAGUGACAUCAGCAUAUUACCGUGGUGCUGUUGGAGCUCUGGUGGUUUAUGACAUAAGCAGGAGCCAGACUUUUGAUAGCAUCGGCAGAUGGCUUAACGAACUGCACACUUACUCUGACAUGAACGUUGUGACCAUCCUGGUGGGUAACAAGACUGAUCUGAAAGAUGCAAGGGAAGUGAGCACUGAAGAUGGCAAGGCUCUCGCCGAAGCACACGGCCUCUUCUUCAUGGAAACCUCUGCCCUCGACAACUCCAAUGUCACUGCUGCUUUCCAAACCAUCGUCAAAGAAAUAUAUGACAUAUUAAGUAGAAAGAUGUUUCACUCCCAAGAGAUGAUUACUAAAGAUGGGAGUUCACUUGGAAGUGGAAGAGCUGUCAUACUAAAAGAAGAUAAUGACAAUGAAGCUGCAGGAAUUUCAGGCUUCAGGUGCUGUUCGUUCGGUUGAGACAAUCUUCAUAACAUUUUGCAUUCAUGCUUUAUUUCAUUCAUUUAACUUGUUUCUACCAGCAUUUUGUAAAUGGAUUGUGUGUUCUUUAUUAUGAAGGAAACAUCUAGAUGCAAACAUUAUGUUGAUUUUUUUUGUACAAAACAUCCAAAAAAAAAUUAUGGUUACAUACAUAUUA